GUACCUAUUAUAUUGGUGCUUGUAAGCAUUGGAUCCUGUAUUGCAUGUGGUAGAGCCGAGUACAGAAUAGGGGAUGAAUGUUGUCCCAUGUGUUCACAAGGUAAGGACUGUCUCUUUACAUCAUAUGAAUCACCAGACAUUAAUACAUCAUCAACACCAACAGAAAAACAUGACAUUGUGAUUCUCUCUUCUGCAGGAAAUCGUGUACAUAAGCAUUGUACUGAAUUCACCAGCACCAGCUGUGUGCCCUGUGUUGAUUCUACAUUCCUUGAUGAGCCCAAUGGUCUCAUAAAAUGCAAAGUGUGUACCAACUGUGAUCCAGGUAAGAGUGGUCCUAUGUGUCUGCACUGAAACCCUGACACAAACACUGAUAUGUUGGUCUAUGCUGUUAUGCUAUGAGGAUACAGUGCAUUCGGAAAGUAUUCAGACCCCUUGACUUUUUCCACAUUUUGUUACUUUACAGCCGUAUUCUAAAGUUGAUUAAAUAAUUUUUUUCACUCAUCAAUCUACACACAAUACCCCAUAAUGGCAAAGCAAAAACAGGUUUUUAGAAAUGUUUGCAAAAAAAAAAAAAAAAAAAAAAAAUGAAAUAUAACAUUUACAUAAGUAUUCAGACACUUUACUUCUUUAUGCACCUUUGGCAGCGAUUACAGCCUCGAGUCUUCUUGGGUAUGACACUACAAGCUUGGCACACCUGUGUUUGGAGAGUUUCUCCCAUUCUUCUCUGCAGAUCCUCUCAAGCUCUGUCAGGUUGGAUGGGGAGCGUCGCUGCACAUCUAUUUUCAGGUCUCUCCAGAGAUGUUUGAUCGGGUUCAAGUCCGGGCUCUGGUUGGUUCAGUCAAGGACAUUCAGAGACUUGUCCCGAAGCCACUCUUGCGUUGCCUUGGCUGUGUGCUUAGGGUCGUUGUCCUGUUGGAAGGUGAACCUUCGCCCCAGUCUGAGGUCCUGAGCGCUCUGGAGCAGGUUUUCAUCAAGGAUCUCUCUGUAUUUUGCUCCGUUCAUCUUUCCCUCGAUCCUGACUAGUCUCCCAGUCCCUUCCGCUGAAAAACAUCCCCACAGCAUGAUGCUGCCACUACCAUGCUUUACCGUAGGGAUGGUGCCAGGUUUCCUCCAGACUUGACGCUUGGCAUUCAGACCAAAGAGUUCAAUCUUGGUUUCAUCAGACCAGAUAAUCUUGUUUCUCAUGGUCUGAGAGUCUUUAGGUGCCUUUUGGCAAACUCCAAGCGGGCUGUCAUGUGCCUUUUACUGAGGAGUGGCUUCCGUCUGGCCACUCUACCAUAAAGGCCUGAUUGAUGGAGUGCUGCAGAGAUGGUUGUCCUUCUGGAAGGUUCUCCCAUCUCCACAGAGGAACUCUAGAACUCUGUCAGAGUGACCAUCCGCCCUUCUCCCCCGAUCUAGGAAGAGUCUUGGUGGUUCCAAACUUCAUCCAUUUAAGAAUGAUGGAGGCCACUGUGUUCUUGGGGACCUUCAAUGCUGCAGAAAUGUUUUGGUACCCUUCCCCAGAUCUGUGCCUUGACAAAAUCCUGUCUCGGAGCUCUACGGACAAUUCCUUCGACCUCAUGGCUUGGUUUUUGCUCUCACAUGCACUGUCAAAUGUGGGACCUUAUAUAGACAGGUGUACCUUUCCAAAAUGUCAAAUUAAUUGAAUUUACCACGGGUGGACUCCAAUCAAGUUGUAGAAACAUCUCAAGGAUGAUCAGUGGAAACAGGAUGCACCUGAGCUCCAUUUCCAGUAUCAUAGCAAAGGGUCUGAAUACUUAUGUAAAUAAGACAUUUCAGUUUUUUUAUUUUUAAUAAGUAAAAACCUGUUUUCCCAUUGUCAUUAUGGGGUAUAGUGUGUAGAUUGAUGAGGGGGGAAAAAAUAUUAAAUGAAUUUUAGAAUAAGGCUGUAACGUAACAAAAUGUGGAAAAAAGUCAAGGGGUCUGAAUACCUUCCGAAUGCACUAUACGUCAGUUGUAUCUGCAUCAGAUAAUACAUGCCAUGUUUUCUCCAUAGGUUUGGGUUUGAAGGUAAAGCAGCCAUGUAGACCUUCAUCAGACACUGUCUGUGGGACACUGGAGGGGUUCUACUGUCUAGACCCAACUAAGGAUGGUUGUAGAGCAGCCCAGAGACACAGCAGCUGUAAACCUGGUCAAUACAUCAGCCACACAGGUUGGUCUCCUGUCUCACUCAUAAAACGAAUUGUGUUGUCAUAAUUAAAUUGAGUCAAGUUGUUAACUUCAGUGUGAAUAAUCAUUACAGUGAAUGGAAUUAAAUAAAAAUGAAUUUUUCAUUAACGUUUCAACAUGUAUUUAUGCAGGAACAACAUCUACAGAUACUGUGUGUGUUGACUGCCCUGGUAAAACGUAUUCAGAUGGAUCAUUAACAUCUUGUCAACCACACACAGAGUAAGUGUGGACAUGAUUAGUUAGUUCAAAUGGUUAUCCCCCUGAAGAUAUAAAAAUACAAUCAUUAUUAUGCUCAAAUAUAAAAAAAAAAAACUAUAUUUAUGUCUUUGACAUAGAUGUGAAUUCUUGGAAAUUGAACCAGGAACUCCUUGGUCGGAUUCAGAAUGCGGAGUAAACUCACUUCCCACAGCUGGAAUCAUAGCUGGUGUUCUGAUAUGUUUCCUGAUAGGCACCAUAGCUGGUGUUUGUUUAUUUAUAGUGAGAAAAAGAGAGAACUUAGGUAAGAUUACUGGAAUUUUAUCUGUACCAUUCAUUGUUUUCAAUGCCUGUGAUACUCAGUAUACUCUGUAAAUGCUACAUGUUCUACUUCUCAUAGUGUAGAUUACUGUUUGUUAACGUCAUGGUUACACAGUAUGUUUAUUACAAUAUUGGACAUCUGACUUUUUUAUAGGCCCUCAAAUACUGACACAGGUAUGUUUGGAAAUCUAUGAAUAUCUUUCAUAACAUUGUAUUACUAAGUCAUCUUUUUAGCUGUGAAAUUUGAAUUUAAUGGGCCAGUUUCCCAUACAAUAGACCUCCAUUGAAUGUGCGUCUUUGUCCAGGACUGGGCUUAAUCUCUGUCCAGGAAACCGGCCCAAUGUGGUUUACUAAUUACGGAUUCUGUCUGAUAGACAUCCCCAGAUCAGGAUAUAUCAAUGCUGUCUGAGGGAACUGGAAAAGGUAAGGCACACCUUCAAGGUUUUCUAAAUAUGUUUACGGAAUAGUUUUUAUGAGUUAAAAGAAUUUCAAACAUAUUUCUAAAUAAAUGUAUAUGGUAUAUUACUUCAUCAAGUCAUCAAUGCUAAGACACAUGAUAUGAUCCAAGAAUAUAGGACUCUGGAUACAAGCAAUGAUACUACAAAUCAGUGUCCAGAAUAUAAAUGAAUUACUGAAAGAUUACUAAUGAAUUCUCUCCCCAGAUUCAAGCCUCCAUCACAGUCAGGGACUCAACAUUCUGUAAGCUGUGGUCCACUGGCUGGCUGGUCCAGCCAUCUAUA